AAAAAGCAUGUGGCGUGUGGACAAAAUCAGUUCAAGCAGUUUAGUCGAACGCAGCACAACACGGGACUCCAACAAACAUGAGAGUCUUCACAAAAUUUUUGGUGCUCGGUUUCGUAGCGGCCGUAUGCGCCAAGGAAAUCGUAACCGAAGAUGCCGUCGACAUGGAGAAGAAAGAAAUCCAAGAAGAAGUCGCCGAAAAACCAACCACCGAUUUGAUAACUGCCUCAACUAACAUCGAAGCUUUGGACAAGGCUGAAACCGAAGAAACCCCAACGGAACUUUUGAGAAAGAAGAAAUCAACCACAACCACUUUCUGCGUCGAGAUCAGGCCAAGCGGCGCCGAAAAACCUUACCAGGUGUGCCAACCGUCGACCACCUACGAGGCUCCUGCUCCAGCUCCAGCACCAGCUUCCGCACCUGCUCCAGCCUACGCCGCCCCAACCAAGACUUAUUCUGCUCCAGCUCCAGCUCCAUACGCCGCUCCAGCUCAUAAUCCCGCUCCAGCUUACGCGGCACCAGCAAAGGUUUACUCUGCCCCAGCUCCAACUUACAGCGCUCCUUCCAAACCAUACGCUCCAGCUCACAACGGUCCUUCCUACUACCGCGCGGCCGAAGAAGAUCACAUGGAUCACGAACAUAUUCCAGUAGUCAACGAAAUUAUGGAUGAAGAUGAAAGCAUGGAAGCUCACAUGAGAACAGCAAGCUAUGAAAAGAAGAAGGGACACAACGGAGUCGUAAUCACCUGCCAACCAAACUUAUCAGGAUACGGUGGCGGACAACAAGCUUACGGAGGCGGCGGAUACGGUGGCGGAUAUGGCGGCGGCGCUUCAUACGGAGGUUCAUCGGGCGGAUACCACGGAUACCGUUCUGCCGGCGGAUACGGACCAAGCAGCUACAACAAAUACCCAAUGUACCCAGCCUACGGAGGAUACCCAAGCCCAGCAUACAAAACCCCAAUGUCGUACAAACCAGUGUACAAUCCACCCACCUACCAUGCCGCUCCACCAUCAUACAAACCAACCUAUCCAGUAGCUCCGGCCGCAUACACUCCACCAGCUCCAGCAUACAAAGCACCAACUCCACCACCAUACAAAGCUCCAUCGUACUCCGCCCCAGCGCCAGCUUACUCUGCUCCAGCACCUGCCUAUUCUGCUCCAGCCCCAGCCUACAAAGCUCCAGCACCAGCUCCAGUUUAUAAAGCCCCAGCACCAGCUUACAAAGCCCCAGCUCCAGCUCCAGCAUAUUCUGCCCCAGCACCAGCUUAUUCUGCUCCAGCUCCAUCUUACUCUGCUCCGGCACCAGCAUACUCUGCUCCAGCUCCAGCCUACAAAGCCCCAGCAUACUCUGCUCCACCUCCUUCCUACUCCGCUCCAGCACCAUCUUACUCUGCUCCAGCCCCAGCAUACUCUGCCCCAGCUCCAGCCUACAAAGCUCCAGCAUACUCUGCCCCAGCACCAGCUUACUCUGCUCCAGCACCAGCCUACAGUGCUCCAGCCCCAGUCUACAAUGCUCCAGCUCCAGCCUACAGUGCUCCAGCCCCUGCCUACAGUGCUCCAGCUCCAGAAUAUAAAGCUCCAGCUCAAGCAUACUCUGCCCCAGCUACAGCCUACAGCGCUCCAGCUCCAGAAUAUAGCGCUCCACCUCAAGCAUACUCUGCCCCAGCUCCAGCCUACAAAGCCCCAGCUCCAGUUUACUCUGCUCCUGCUCCAGCAUACUCUGCCCCAGCUCCAGCAUACUCAGCACCUGCACCAGCCUACAAGGCCCCAGCUCCAGCCCCAGUUUACUCUGCUCCAGCUCCAGCGUACUCAGCCCCAGCUCCAGCAUAUUCUGCUCCAGCUCCAGCAUACUCAGCCCCAGCUCCAGCAUACUCUGCUCCAGCUCCAGCCUACAAGCCACAAGCUCCAGCUCCAGCAUACUCAGCCCCAGCUCCAGCAUACUCUGCUCCAGCUCCAGCAUACUCUGCUCCAGCUCCAGCCUACAAGCCACAAGCUCCAGCUCCAGCAUACUCAGCCCCAGCUCCAGCAUACUCUGCUCCAGCUCCUUCUUACUCUGCUCCUCCUAAGUACACCCCACCUCAAACGUACAGAGCAUCCGAUGCGGAUAAAGACACCGAAGAAACUCAGGUAGACAAGGAACAACACACCAUCGAGAAAAUGGACAAGCUCAGUAAAGAAAAAGUUGCCGCCAGCAAAUGGGGAAGCCUAUCCGAUGAAAAAGACGAGAAGAAAAACGAAAUGAACGAGAGAAUCGUCGGAAGCACCGAUGAAAUGAUGAGCGAAGCUGGCGGAUGGACCGCGUCAACUAACGAAAUGAUGAAUGAUGCUGAAAACGACCAAAUGAGAGAAGCCGAAGAAGAUAUCGAAAACGAUGUUGAUAUGUAAAUAAAUGCGCCAUAUUAAUAAGUAGUUGUUAGGUUUUUAUACUUUUGUACGUUGUAAUAAACAUUUUAAAAAUUA